GAAGAAAACAGCAUAUUUCCCCACCGUUUUUUUUUUUUUUUAGCCAAAUAACGCGAGCAAACUGACCGAAUAGACAGCUGUUCAUCUGGCGUGUUGGAGAUUGUUAGAAGAAUUUGUUUCCUGUGAGGUUUUCUUGUGACAUACGGGACCGGAAAAGAGCCGUUUUCCCCCUUCGACAGCUGGUUUACGGAUUCCCCCUGUUCGCACUUGAAGUUGAGCGAGCCGGCUGAGAUGAGCGGUCCCGAGGUGGCCAAGACACCGGGAGGCGGAGCUCCAGGAAAGGAAGGAAAGGAGCCGGUGGCCAAUGGGCACGCAGGAGAGGGCAGCGACAACCCGUUUGCUGAGUACAUGUGGAUGGAGAAUGAGGAAGAGUAUAACAGACAGGUCGAGGAGGAGCUGUUGGAGCAGGAGUUCUUGGAGCGUUGCUUCCAGGAAAUGCUGGAGGAGGAGGACCAGGAUUGGUUCAUACCUUCGCGUGACCUCAACAACCAGGGGGUGGGGCAGCUGCAGCAGCAGCUCAACGGCCUCUCCGUCAGCGAUCACCACAGCAACCUGGAGGAAGUGGCGAGGAAGAGCAUCUUGAAUCCCGAAGCGAAGGAGUUCGUCCCGGGGAAGAAAUAUUAGGAGUCCCCCUCACCCCCAUGGAGCCUCCAUGCGCACACACACACCAGUCCUCACAUAAUCUCAGAGACUCUGGCGGCCGCGACCGCACACACACUGAUUCUCACACGCACGCAUGCACACACACAGCGACACACUUAAAGUCAAUGGCGUGCUGGCAGGCCCAGUUGGGGGGUGGGGGGAUUUCUUUUUCUUUCUCUCUCUCUUUUUUGUUUCUUUAAUCUUUUUAUUUCCUGUUUGUUUCUUGCAAACUGAGGGACAUUGGGAACAGGGGUGGGGGAGGGGUGUAGUACCAGCACCGCCCCGCUGCGGGCGCUAGCUCAUCAUUGCAUUUCAGAUGACACUGUUGGUGUUUACAGAGUAAGCAGAUCUCACUGAAGUUCCCUCGGAACUGAGGCAGCUACCCAGGAGUGAUGCCAGGAAAAAAAACUUUAAUCCAACAACUUUCUAAAUUAGAAUUUUUUCGCGUUAUUUUGUGCGCUUUCAAUUUUAAUUGGAGAACUAAAUUUUGUCAGUAGGUUUCCAUACCAGUGAGGUUAGAGAAGGACUAACAUUUCAGGGAACUUGAUGGGUUUCUGCCGCUGCUCUGUAAAGUCAUCAGUGAAACCCGUUAACGUCGGCUCCUAUGAUGUCGUAAGGUCCCUGUGACAUCACAGCUCUUGUGCAUCCACAGAUGCGGGUUGUUGUUUGUAUCUGCAGUGGCUCCGUUCCAAACCAAGUACAGACCCCACCCUCCCUGCACCAUCGCUUUUAGGUGGUCAGGACCGACGUGGACAAGUGGAAUCACAGAUAACAAAAUAUUAUUUACCCAAACCAUGUCCAUGUUUAUCUUUUGUGCAAGAGCAGAGGUGGUGAAUGUCCCAAUCAUGCCUCAAGUUGAGUUUAAUAUGAAAAGUAUAAGUAGAAGAAAGGUCAGAGCUUUUUUUUUUUUUUUUAAAUCAUAAAAAAGAUCUUGUGUUUUGCGCUCACAGCUUCAUUCUUUGGAUCAGUUUGGAUCUACCUUGUUACAGGGGGGAGUAUUUGGUCUGGAACGCAGCCACUGCCUCUUUCUGCCGGAACAGCUUGGUUUGUCCAGCAUCAGAUCAAGUGUCCACAUCCAAAUCAGGUUCUCAAACAGCCUCUCCUCCUCUUUUUUUUUUUCUCUUUUUUUUUUCUUCACAUUUUUGAGGAUGAGGCGUUUUGUGUCUCUACUGGGUAUAGUAGCCUGUGGUGUCCAUUCAGUCCUGUUUGUAGGAAACAGUAGGGAGAGGAGACGUUAUCGCCAUGGCCUGUCAGAAUAAAGCAGUGUGGUACGUAUGGCGGACGGUAUUGCCUCCUUGCUGUUCUUCUUGUCCUAACCGAAGAUGCAGACUGACUUUUUUUGUUUUUUUGGAGGAAGUUCUACUUUUAAACAGCAAGUCUUUGUUGUAAUCUGGGUUUCCCUAAAGCAUCCCUCAGUAGUGAGAGUAUAAUAUCAGUAAAAUUGUGAACCAAUUAAAAAAAACAAAAAGUAUAUGUGAAGAUGCUUUUGCAGGAAACCCAGAUUCUAAUCGGCGGUAAUGGUGAAUUAAGUCAGUUUUUCUAGAUCUCAGCCAGGUUAGCCUGAAAAACAUAGAUGCAGUAUUGUCAUGAGGAAAAGUCUUGUGAUCUGAACAUCAGUCUUCAUGCCACUGUUCAUCUGUGGUAUUAGCAGUGGUAAUAUCGUGUGUAUUUUAAUCUCGGUGUUAAACAGACACUUGUGCACUGUACAAGGAACUUCUAAGUAUCUGACAGGUUAGCACUUCUGUCCACCCUUUCUGCUGCUUUCCCCGUUUUCGGUGUGUUCUUAAAUAGCGCGGCAGAAGCAGUAAAGUCUUUUGGUUUAAAGGGGAACUUCCUCACACACAGCGUCGGACCACAGCUGUCGAAUGGCACCCUGGUGAAGCCAAUAGGAAUGUCCGCCAGGUGGAUUGUACAACAUGAAAUCAUUUUUGGUGAUUUUGUUUGAGUUAGAUGACAGAAGCCGUUUAAAAAAAAAAAAAAAAAAAGGUUCAGAAGACACAGAUUAUGAAUUUCAUUACAAAUAAAAAUAAUGAAAAAAGAUGAAUAAAGAUGUUAAAGACAAA